GUGUGACCGGAGCUUGUGCGCAGCGAAUGCAGGCGGGGUUGCUGCAGAUUUUUCCGUGAGUUGUGUGGCAAAUUGUGAUUAUUACUACUCACACUACAUCCCGUCGCGAGAGAGGAAUUCCAGACAUUUGGUCCAUUUUGCCUAGCGCGGUACGCCACCAUGCUUUCGGAGUUGGGCUAUCGCCCAGCUUGUGUGCAUGGCAUUUCCGUGUGAGGUCGGGGGCCUCUCGCCAGUACCUACAUAACUCCGCCUGCUGAGCGCCCCGUUAUUACUGCUUGCGCAUGGGCCUUUACGUGGAUAAGGGGUGUGCACGUUUCCUGCCCAUUAUCUCUUGCCGUUUGCUUUUGCGCGGGAUCAACCAAGUGCGGUCCUGCUGCAUGGUUACUGCUUCCCCUGGUCGUAGCGAUCGGCUCGGCAUCCCCACACCUUGUUGCUGUGUUGGCCGGCUGCUGGGUGUGCUUGAGGGAGCUCACACGUGGCAGCGAUAGCCUUUCUCACUGAGUUUCAUGCCCAGUGACUCGCCAAUCGUGCUCUGCACCGGUCACUCCCUCUUUCGAACAAACCACCAUCUUUGUCCCUGUAAUCCAACAAGAAGCCUCGCACGACUGCACAAUGCUGACAUCAGCGUAUCCAACAAUACCCUAACCACUUCAUUUCGUCCGGGCUUAGUGCCGGAGCGGACUUCUAGCAGUUUGCUGUGGCAGGUAAACGGGCAGGCUAUGUAGCCAACAGCUCACCACCCCUAGAUGUUUGCUGUGUCUAUCCAUUUCAGGUCGGCGCUUUGCCGAGUCGGCUGGCCCAAGCGGGUCCUCUGUUGCCAACCCUGAAGAAGGGUCCAUCAGGACGGGCUCAGGAGGGCGGUGAAUGGACACAAGGAGUUGCAGAGAGGCAGAUGUCUCAUCAGUUUUGCAACUUAACAGCCCAGCUUCAACAGCACGUAAGGGGCUGCCUAGUGGUAGGCUCCUGCAUGCUAGCGAUGACGCACAAAAGAGUGGAGGCAACUGCUUUGCGUCGAUGAGCGGUCGCUCCGCGCAAGUGGCCCUCUCACUAACCCACUAAGUUCUGAAGCUGUGGGAGUCAUUGCUGCAGUCCCUGCUCGCCAGUUGUGUGUCCAUUGUAGCUCCCAUUGCUCACUCGUUUGACUACUACUGUCUAUCGUGCUUCAAUGACCUGCACCACUGUCGGUCGUGUGUGUGUACCAGGAAUACAUCAUCAAUAUCUUGCAUCUCGCACUGUGCUGGUGAACGCUGCCUGUGUCGUUUGCCUCGCAUAGCGACUGUGGCAGAGAGCGCAAGACCACGAAACAUCAAACUGCAGUUGUAGUGGUGCAAUUCGGCAUUCACGUGAUUGUAGGCAGGGGGCAAGGAUGGACAGAGGUAGGAA